CCCGGCUGAAACCCGGAGCCUGCCGACUGGGACUGCCUUCUCCGCUCGGGCCGGGGCGGGCGCUGCGCGCUCUUUCCACCACCCCAGGCAUCAAGUCUCCAGAGAACAAGUCCCGGGGUCAGACGGCGUCAUGGAACCCCCGGGGCCGCAGCUGCUAAGUUUGGAGGCGCCGGGACCUGCGCCUUUUGAAGACCCCCCGCCUGCCGAGGAGCCGCCCGCCCCGGGAGUCCUCUGCACCGAGGGUGGCGGGGACGGCGGCGGCACGUCGGCGGCCCCGAGCUCCGACGCCGAGGGCCCGUCCCCGCAGGAAGAGACUGCCCCCUGGGAGCAGGAGGAGCUGCUGGAAAGCCGUCGCCGCCGCCGCUGCGGCGCGCGCUCCUUCCCUCUGCCCGCCGACCCGAUCCUGCAGGCGGCCAAGUUCCUGCAGCGGCAGCGGCCGCCUGCCCCGGGGCCGGGCGCGGAGGGCGGCGAGAGGGUCGAGGACGCGCCGCACAGCCCGGGCUGCUGCGCCAAGUGCCAGAAGCGGGUGCAGUUCGCGGACGCGCUGGGGCUGAGCCUGGCCAGCGUGAAGCACUUCAGCGUGGCCGAGGAGCCGCAGGUGCCGCCCGCCGUGCUCUCUCGCCUGCGCAGCCUCCCGGCGCGCGCCGAGAACCUGGAGCAGCUCCCGGGCCUGCUGGCCGCGGCGGCGGCGGCGGCGGCGGCCGCGCCCCUCCGCGAACAGCCUCCCCGACUGCAGCCUCUCUUCGAGCUCCCCGGGCCGAGCGCCGCAGACGAGCGCCUGCGGCGACAGCGCGUGUGCCUGGAGCGCGUGCAGUGCUCGGCACCCUGGGGCGCGGAGGUGACAGGCUCCGGCCGGGUGCUGGGCUGCCCGGGGCCGCGCGUCGUGGCCGUGCGCUACACCUUCACCGAGUGGCGCUCCUUCCUGGACGUGCCGGCUGAGCUGCGGCCCGAGCCAGGGAAGCCUCCGCCGCCAGAGGCGCCGUCCUGGGGGCCGGGGGAGGCCGAGGAGGAGCCGAGCGCCGAGCGCUUCCACUUCGCGCUGUGCCUGCCCCCGGGCCUGCAGCUCAAGGAGGGGGAGGACGCGGACGCUCCGGACGUCGCCGUCCACUUCGCCGUCUGCUACCGCUGCGCCCAGGGCGAGUAUUGGGACAACAACUCGGGGGCCAACUACACGCUGCGCUACGUGCGCCCUGCCGACGCGCGCUGAGCCCGCAGUCCUCGGCACCGCAGCGCUCGCAGGGACGCGGGAAGGGGCCGACGGCGCGCGGAGCCCAGGCAGCCGCGACGCUUUGCGGAGCGUCAUCUUUCUGGAGAGAAGAAGCCGCUCCCCGCAAGCUCGCGCCCCAGACAGAACCCGCCUGCAAGCACGGAGCCCUACCCGGCGAAGCGCCCUACCUUCCCGGCCUCUUUCCCGUCGCUUUGGCCUCUGGAGUUCUCGCCGCGCGUCGAAUGGGAAGAAAUCCUCAAGAUUCCGAGCAGUGGCUUUCUCCACGAAAAAGACUCCUGACUCCUGAGCGAGGCUGCAAACCCUUCGGAUUUGUCUUUAACUGUGGACGUCCCCUCGGGUCUCAGGGAGCGGUCGAAGCAUCCCUCCGCCUCGCGCCGAGGGACGGCGUGAACUGCGGGCCCGCGGGAGCCCGCGGCCUGUUUCUCGAGAAAACCAGGUGGGGCCUUGGCCGGGCAGUCCUUUUCUCUUACCUGGGAUCUGGGAAAUGUUUGGUGACUCGUGCGCUUGCGUACAAAUGUCCUUUUGAAAAGUAAAGGUCACGUGCACGUCUGUUACUUGAUAUUUCAGCUCCCGGAAGUUUGGGAGACCUUGGCAGUCGGGUCGUCUUCUUCAGCGGAUGAUGCUACACUUUAAAGUGGUCAAACAACAAUAUUUUCAAAUUUCCCUUCUUUCAUCCCUCCUGUCUGAUGUGGAAAGGCCCAGAUUUCCCAUAAUGGGCUAGAGUGUUCUUAAAAGUGUUUUGUAGAAGUCGUUCUUUCCCCGGGCAAAAUAAGAUGCUUGGUGAGUUGAAAUGCCGGCGGCAGGCCUUGGCGGUGAGCCGUCAGAGCCGGUCUUUGGCCUCCAGCCGCGAUGUGUAGGCAAAGCACAUCGUAGCUGCUAGACUCCUGGGCCAUUAGCAGUCAGAGACGCCGGACUCUCGGUGGCUGGACUCCAAGCCGGGGAGAUGAGGGAUGGAAGGGUGGCUUUCUGUCCCUCCUGGAGCCACAGCAGGGAGCAGUGGCUUGAAUGAUGAAGCAUGCCCAGCAAGAAAAUCCUGCUCCGAAUCCGGUGGGCACCAGCCUGGCUGGCCUCCUUCAUUCACUGCUGAUGGCUGUGGAUGCCAAGAUCAGGGCUGGUGAGCCUCCUGAGGACUGGAUUUCUUCAUACCUUGGUCCUGCCUUGGUAACUUGUCUGUCUUUUGUUCUCAUACGUUCGAGCACGUGGCUAGUACAAUCAGCCCAUGGGCCACAUUCAGCCUUAAUCCUGUGCUUGUAGGGCCUGAGAGCUAAGAAUGUUUUUUACAUUUUUUAAAGAUUUGGAAAAAUUCAAAAGAAGAAUACUAUUUUUGUGACACAUGAGAAUUGUAUGAAAUUCAAAUUUCAGUGUCCAUAAAUAAAGUUUUAUAGGAACACAGCCAUGCACAUUCGUUCACAUACUAUCCAUGAUUGCUUUCCUGCUACAAGAGUGGAGUUGAGCAGAUGCAACAGAGACCAUAUGGCAAAGUCUAAAAUAUUUACUAUCUGGCUCUUCAUAGAAAGUCUGCCAACCCCUGCUCUAGAGAAGUAGUAUUUUUUUAAAACUAUAUGUUGAGAGUCAUACUUAAUAAAUCAGUUAAACUUUUAGUAAAAUUUGUCACUUGAAGUAAACCUCCUCUGAGUAAAGGUAAAACUGGUUACAUUACUCUCAGGAAUCUUGGUUGGUUACAGUAAACACUAAGACACCAAAUGUACAGUUAUUACUGUACUGGGGAGGGGCAUCUACCUGCUUCUUACUUCUAAGAAAUAACAGAAAGUCAAGGUAGCUAAAAUAUAGCACCAUCCGAAUUCACAUCAGGCUACAGAAAACUGCCAGGUAUGUCGAUGCUUCAAAAUGGGAUGUGUCUCAAGUAUAGGAAUAUUUAGAUUGAACUCCGGUUUGUGGACAUCCUUUUUGACUACAGCAGUGUUUGCCAGGGGUAACUGAUCAUGGGAAAAAAAUUUAAGUACUAAUUUCUUAGUGGAAAGCCAUCAAGUUAAUGAAUUACAAUUUACUCUUGGAGUAAAGCGGACUAAACAAUGGUCAUGUGGAUGAAACACUACCUAAUUCACAUGUGCUUAUAAAAAUCAAUAAGCAUUUAUUAGAAUUACAUAAUUUUUCUGCUACUAAAUACAAACACAAUCAAGCCUUUUCAUUCUAUGUCUGGUAUGGGGUCUGGUAUAUCACUUCCUUUUUAAAAGCACAUUGUUGCAUAAUAAAAACACCUAAAUACAUUUUGUAUUUUUCUUAUGUACUUAGGAAUACAUUUUAGUUGAAAAGUACUGAUAGUGUAUAUGGCCUAUAACACAGUUUGAAAUGCUAGUUUAUAUGGUAGUAAUGCACUCUUUUGAAUUGUUUUAGAUUAUUUAAAAUUAAAUUAGGAACACAGUAUAAUGAUCAAAAUAGAGAGCCUCUUGUCUGGUAUCUUUUAAAAUGGUAACCCAUUAAAUCUAGAAUAAAAUAAAUAAGAAAUGGAUUUUUAAGAGGUAUUUACAGCAAAAAUUUUAUUCUUAUAAAAACCAUUACUGAUUUUCAAAAGUAUAUUUUGGAAUUCAAACAAUUUUAAGAGUACUUAUUUAAUAAUGUAAGAACUUCAAACGUGGCUGUUAGGAAAGGAAAUCUAGUUUUGCUCUCCCAUAAAUCUUGGAGAAAAGCUCUUCUAAGGUUCAGAAAUUUGUAAAAUAUUUUCAACAGCCCAGUCUUUCUGCAUGUGGUUAUAGACUUUCAAAGUCCUGGAACCGGCAGUCUCCUAAGUGUCAGUUUUAUUUUAUGAAGCGCCAACGUUUUAUCGUAGGCUUCACUUUGUGAAGAAAUGUAGGGACGUUAAAAUAGGUCUUUUUGUUUGUUUUUGAAAAGUUUCAAAGGAAGAGGCAAUACUGAGGAAGUAUUUACGACUGUAUUUCCUGAAUGGAAUGAACACACACACACUUAUCUCCAGAGCAAAAUUCCCACAAUGCAGCUUGGCUUUUUUGUGGUAAUAUUUAUCAACUUGAUAAGUGAGAGUCAUCCUACUUGAAAAUGUAAUAGCUUCAACAUCUCACCCGGCUCUAGUGAUCAAAAACUAAGUUCUGCUUAGCUCAGCUAAUGGUCCUGACCUCCACCAGACAGACUCCAGUUUCUUCUCUAUAAGCAAGGGGGUCCAUGGAUCACUGGGUCAGGGGAUGUUGAAUGAAGUAAGUGUCCCAAUCUAAACAGUGUCAGAAGAGAAUUCCCUGCGGUCCAGUGGUUAGGACUCUGCGCUUUCACUGCUGAGGGCGCGGGUUCAAUCCCUGGUGUGGGAACUAAGAUCCUGUAAGCUGCGUAGUGUGGAAAAACAAAAAAACAAACAAAAAAAACCAAACACGUGUCAGAAGCAGUGGCUGGAAAUGUGGCCUUCUGUACGGAACAAAUGUCCCCUGAUAAGCCCCAGGUUUAUGAAGCAAGGUGACCAGUCGCUUCCAAGACCUAACUGGGGAGGACAGGACCCCGCUCCAGGGUGUGGGCAGUGGAGCCUGGGAGCUGGUCGAGCUCUGGGGCCACCAAGUGUCUCUGUCCAGGCAGCAGGGCCACAGCUCAGGCAGCUCUCCUGAGGCACCAGGGAGUGGGCAUUUGUCAUCCAGAGCCUGGGCUGUAGGGACGGGAACCUUCUGACAGGUGCGCAGUGCAUUUUCCACCUGGCCGCGCCCUCGCCUCCCGGGCCCUCCUUCUGCCCUGAGUCGGGGAGGGCUUCCCCGGUGAUGCUGUGGGUUUUGGGCCACGCAGAACCUGCUCAUUUCAUUUUUGGAGAUUUGUGUUGGACUCUGGCUAUAUCAUUUUACGAGUUGUCCAUAUUUCUGCUUUCUGGUCCAACGGGUUUUGUACAUUUUAGUGUGCUAAGUUUUCUCAUUCCCCGACUCAUUUGCUUGUUUCGUAGGAGCAUGUGGCUUGGAGCACUUGGGGAAUUGUGGUCUGUGUCAUGUGUACUGUGUCAGGAGUGCAAGGAACAGCCUUCAGGAGGAAAUGGCAGGCUUUGCCUUCGUGUGACAUCAUGGAACUGACAGACGUGCCUUUUCGGCUCAUGCAAUGGACACGGGUUUAUAGGUUAAAAGAGGGCACCGUGGCAUGUGGUAACUUAACAGGCAGCCCUGGCAAAUGGUGAGCUGUUUGCUGUCCAGCUUUGCCCGGUCAGUCCCCGUGAUGCCAGGCCUGGACGGUCUUCAGGAUGGGGGUUGUGUUUUGUACGGUCACAGCGGCAAGGGGCUGGGAGCAGGGCAGAAACUGACAACCUGGGCCCAGCCCCGUGACCCCACCUGUCCUCCUACAGGGCCAUCCUGGCCUUAUUGUCGAUAAGCGGGCCGGUGCCUGGAAACCCCCGGAAGAGGCUGACCCUGGCUUCUCCUCGGGACUAGUGAUGGACACUUUCCACUAGGUGACCUGCUGUGUUUCCUUGUUCCCCUCUGGACUCCCUCUGAUCGGGGAGGCUGUCAGGAUGCAGCCCUAAAUGGUCCGUUAACCCUCCAAGGGCUGGUUGCUAGAGAGCUAACACUGUAACUUUCGGUUCAUUAGGACCUAAACUCCUUUAAAUCUUUUUGGGACACGUUGUAUUUGCAUCUUGUAGAGUUUAGUUCUUUGGCUUUGCCCUCUGUGAGCAGACACAUUUUGGCAAGGAAAGAAGUGAGUGACAUUUGGGCUGAAUGGAGGGUUUUUGAGAUGGCGAAGAUCAAGGGCUUGCUUUUAAGACGCGCUAGUGAGAUGUGCCUCGUGGAUCUAAUAGGAGAGCAGAAGUCUAUUUAGGUCAUGAGUUCAGAGCCACUUCAACCCGGAAAAUCUUCAGAUACACAAACACCUCUGGUAAAGCAAAGGCAUUUUAGAGACACUUACAGACACUUAAAAACAUUAGAGCAGUGUAACUACUCAUCCCGUUCAUAUUGUUGGCACAGCUCAGGUUCUCUGAAACUUGUUGGCUCGAGUCACUGCCCCAGGAGAACCGACAGCACCCUGAAGUAUCCCAGAACGGGAAACUCAUUCUGAAAAUCUGAACUGAAUAAAGAUUGAAAGCAGGUGGGUUUUGUGAACUAAGCUUGGAACAUUUAAUCUCCAAGUUGAAAAAUUCAUGAGCACAUCCCACAGAAGGCCUUUCUACAAAUAGCUACAUGUGUUAUGUCAAGGAAGCAUCCACUCCAAAAGAUAAGAAGUUUAUGGUUAUGGGAAACUCAUGGUCUUUAUAGGGGCCCCUGGCAGGGCUCUCUAGUGUUUGUGGGUCCAGCGCCUCUCUGGACAGCUUUGGGUGAAGAACCCGUUAUCAGGAGGCUGUUCUGGGGCAGCUGAAGCAGGACCUUGUAUACCCUAAGUAGGCGGAAGAGGUUACUCUUUCUCGGAGGGAGUUAGGCUUUGCCUCAUUUUUACAUUAUAUAAGAGGAAAGGUGUGUUUAUACUCAGAACCACUUUAAAUGGCCUAGAGGAUUCCAUUUGUAUGUCCUUUUCAGUCUGGUUAAGUUGUUGUGUUUUUACGCACAGACUUAAGGCAUGUUGUUUAUAAAAUUAUAUUUUUCGGCCAGAAAACCCCUAAGCCUGUGUGUUGCCCAUGUCACAGUGAAGCGCCGACCCUGGAAUUAGUGAGUCUGUUUGUUGUAUUAGGAUUGGAAAUAUAAAUCGAAUUCGGUUUGAAGGUCCCUGGGAUAUCUAAAAAUCGAUAGUGUGGAUAAGUACAGAUAUAAAUGGAUACUAAAUUGCAGGCAAGUCCUUAACAAUGAAAUACACAAUAUGUUCUUUUGGAAAAAAAAAUAGUCCACAUUUAGAAAAAUCUGUGAGUCCCCUGCUUAACUCCCAACCUCCCCGCCCCCUGACCCCCAAAUCUGAACUAGAGGUUGCUUUUGUUACCAGAUCCUGAGUGAUUUUGGACUUUGCUGUUGACCAGAUAGUCAUUAAAAUGAAUUUCUCUAUUGGUGUGACUGCCCUGAAAGAGUAGAUUUUCUGGCCAAGGAAACACCUUCAAAACGGCUGUAAGGUGUUGAGUUCUGAAGCUGGGGGCGGCCCUGCCCUGCACGGCCCACCAGAAGGGAGCCAGGAGAAGGUGCAGGGGAGGAAGCGCUGCUUUGGGCCUGGGCCUGCCUGCGGCAGCCUCCCCUGCCCCGAGGCCCGGACCUGGGCUGCCGUGAAGGCCAAGGCAUAGCAUCUUGGGCCUUUGUUUUCGACUCUGCCACAUCCAGGUGGUUCAGGAGACCUCACCAGAUGAAUCUGUUAGAGCCAAGGGUUUCUGAAGCCAUCGGCACGGCACCAUCCUCUGUGGGUACAGGCAUGAGGGGCCCUGGCAGACAUCUGUGACGUGUUACCUGUAGGUGACAGCGGAGGCUGGGCAUCGUCUGGCAGUAAGUUCCAGCUUCUGUGAAGGCCUUCAGUUUGUGAGCGAUGGUCUGACUUCUGCGGGUGAGCCCAGAGCCCGGCGUGGUUGAGGUCCACGGCCAUUGCAAUAUCACCAAACACCCACGUCACUCCUCCAGGGUCUGAAAGUGCAAUGUAGCUCACCCAGGUGUGUCUGGGAUCCCCGAGCUCUCUCAGCGGACUGCCUGUGACAGCUCUGACUCGACAGAGGCUCCCAGCCCUGUGUGGGGUAGGGGCGGAUCUCAGGGUCCAAGAUGACCAUGGCUGUUGGGGGCACAGAGCCUGCCCUCGCGAGCCGGAACCAGGGGGCCCAAGUGGUCCUUUAUCAGCCAGGCAGCAGUGGCAAGAGUGGGCACUCUUCCAGACAGGAUAUUUUAAUGCGAUUAUGUGGAAUUUUGUACAGUUCCUUCUAACAACGUGAGAGAAAAUAACCUCAUUACCCUCCCUUUUGAGAUCUGCCUGAGAAAUGUGCCCCGUGGAAUGUCUGGGGUGAGUAACAGAUUUCUGUGAAUGUGACUUUUGAUACUGUUUAUUUAAGCUGAGAACUACUGUAGUCCAAACACAGCCCUUGUGUUUCUCCUUGGUUUUUAAAAGGAUGAUUAUAUUUUUGUGGUUUGAAAAUGUCUUUUCAAUUCUAAGGAUUUUUUGGGAAAUUUUGCUUGCUGCUCUGCUGUAUGGUGAUAUUUCUGUAUGUGUUGCACCUAAAAAAAUACUGAACCCAAAGUCCUGAUUUGAAUAAAGAAUGUAAAGCAAUUUGGGACUUUGAAAGCUGUCAUUGAGUCUGCGGACGUAUCUGGUGGUCACACUGGGAUGGGGGCGGGGGGUCGAGGUGG